CGAAAUCUUUGAAUCCGACUGAGGAAAUGUCUCCAACCGUUCGAACUAACGUUCUCUCUCUUCUUCCCGCACCAAAGGCUAUAAAUAUAUGAAUUCUCCAGAAGGCUUCCAACAACAUCACCAUACAAUUGUUUGUUCCAUCCUUCUCUCUCGCUUCCCACCCCGAAUCAGUUCGGAUUUCUCUCCUUCUCACCUGCUUCUUUCUCUCCCCCAUCAUAACACGUUCCCACCUAAAGCUUUUUUUAACUUUUCCUUCCCCUUUCAGAGAUGUUGUAAUUGUAACCCACUUUUUCUUUUCCUCUUAGAGAUGUUGUAAUUGUAACCCACUUGUAAAGUUUUGUUCUUCGUGUGAGGGUUUCUUUGAGACUUAGGGUUGGUCGUGUUAAAUAUGGAUUUCGAUAGGAAGAUAAUUUUGGGUUUUGUUUGAGGAUGAGUUUUUGCUAUGAUAUGGAUGGUAGGGUUUUGGAUUCAGGUUCAUUGCCUCCUACCAUUGUGUUCGAAUGUCGAUCCCUUCGGCAUUCGAUUUUUCUAGCAUCGCAUCCCCAGAUUUCUUUGGGGGUCAUUGUUCUUUCGUUCCAAUUGGGGUUGAUCAGCGAAGUUUGUGAUCAAUUCGAAAAACAAUAACAAUAAAAGAACCAAAAGUGAACAAAUCUUAUAGCUAUUAGGUUCUGAGAGCAAAAUGGAUUAUGGGGUUGAAUUAGCAUUGCCAGAAAAUGAUGGAACAGGUACAAAGGAUCCUUCUAAAUUCGAGGAGGAUUUUGCUGAGAAAGAUCCAACUGGCCGAUAUAUCCGGAAGCAAGGAAAUGGAUACAAGAUACCAAGGCUUUUAGAAUUCUGGAUGGCACUUCCUCAGACACAAUGCGACUACGUUUUUAAAAUGUUGAUGCCUAGGAACUACAAUUGAACAUUAUGGUGAAUAUGAGUACGUUGAUCUACAGGGGUCGACACAUAUCUAUGAUACUUGUUUGGAUUAUUACAAGAGGAAAGUUUUCUAUCUUUUAUUUGUUAGCAUGUUAUCCCAAGCUAGCAUUCGCAAAAAUAUAUUGCAAGGGAAAUAAGUUGAGCUUUUGGUUUAAAUAACUGCACGAUCUAUAUAAUAUGCCAGAAUGCAUAAUUUCCAUCAUUCUAAAAUUAGGGCUGCUAAUGUAGAGCUUGAUAUUAUUUUGCUGAAGGUAAUAUUUACUUAAAUGUUUCUUGUUUAAACCUGAAAGAUAAUUUAUGUUCAAUUUCUACGUUUACGAACUACACAUUUUAUCGAUUGUGUUAGCCCCAAUGAAAUUUCAAAAGGCUUGGAGCUUGUGUCCAAGAUUCAAAAUUUAUAUAAAGAAACCUUGAUGAGGCAUCUUCAAGGAAUGCCUUUGCCUAAAGCAUAGCUAGGGUUGAUGACAAUCUGCUCACUCCUUUACAAGGAAAUUUUUUCAAUUCUAUAUUCACCUAGUCUUUCUAUAUUAUAUUAUUUUAUUUUAAUCUCUCUCUCUCUCUCUCUCUUAUUGCAGUACAAUGAAGUCUUAGGCAAGGGUGCUUUCAAGACUGUUUAUAGGGCCUUUGAUGAAGUUGAUGGAAUCGAAGUUGCUUGGAACCAAGUAAGGAUUGAUGAUGUUCUACAAUCAGCAGUUGAUCUAGCAAAACUAUACUCUGAAGUUCACAUAUUGAAGUCUUUGAAACAUGAAAAUAUUAUGAAGUUCUAUCAUUCUUGGGUUGAUGAUAAGAACAAAACUGUUAACAUGAUUACUGAGCUCUUCACGUCUGGAACUUUAAGACAAUACCGUAGGAAGCAUAAAAAUGUUGACAUGAAGGCCAUCAAAGGUUGGGCUAGGCAGAUUCUCCAAGGUUUAGCCUACAUUCACAGUCACAAGCCUCCUAUUAUUCAUAGAGACUUGAAAUGUGACAACAUCUUUGUGAAUGGAAACCACGGAGAAAUUAAGAUAGGAGACCUAGGCUUGGCAACAGUGAUGCAACAACCAGUUGCUCGAAGUGUCAUUGGGACUCCUGAAUUUAUGGCUCCUGAGCUUUAUGAAGAGGAAUACAAUGAGCUUGUUGACAUCUAUUCUUUUGGGAUGUGCAUAUUUGAGAUGGUUACUUUUGAGUAUCCUUAUAGCGAAUGCAAAAAUCCAGCUCAAAUCUAUAAGAAAGUUACCUCUGGUAUCAAGCCUGCUUCUCUUAAUAGGGUGAAUGACCCCCAAAUUAGAGAGUUUAUUGAAAAAUGUUUGGUUCCGGCAUCUCAUAGAUUGUCUGCAGAAGAGCUUCUCAAUGACCCAUUUCUGCAAGUUGAGAAUCCAAAGAAUCCAGCCCGAGAUCCUUUACAGUUGCCUCAUCAAACUCCAAGAUCUAUAGAUUUGUCCAGGUCUGGUCCUUUAUCUAUGGACAUAGAUCCUGACUAUAAACAGAUUUCUGUGAGUACCUAUGCUGAAAGCAACUGUGGAAGUCCCCAAUCUCCAGUUCUAGAACUCCAGAGGACAUCUAAGGAGAAUGAAUUUAAGUUGAAAGGGACAAAAAAUGAUGAUAAAUCUGCAUCAUUGACCUUGCGUAUUGCAAAUUCCUCUGGUCGAGUUAAGAAUAUACAUUUUCUCUUUUAUCUUGAUUCAGACACUGCAGUCUCAGUGGCCUCAGAGAUGGUUGAACAACUAGAGCUAGCAGAACAUGAUGUGACCUUAAUUGCUGAGCUUAUUGAUCAUUUGAUAACAAAGCUUCUACCUGGCUGGAAACCUUCAUCUGAUUACUCCUCAAGUGAAGGAAUAAGCCUCGAUGAUGGGUCUUCAACACUGGUAGAUGGCCAAACCAAAACAAGUCUAUGGGAUUCCAUCCUAGCUAGUGAUCCUGCUGGAUUAGUUAUUUACCAAGAUGAUGUGUUAGGGCUGAAUAUUGAUGAUCAAAAAGGUGAGGUUACACCUGAGGAGGGCUUUUUACUAGUCGACACUGUUAAUAAUGCUACUUUGCAUGGGGAGUGUAAUUCUUCUCCCACUUUGGCUGACUUGGAAUAUCAAUAUUCACAAGGAUCCACAACCUCGGUGCUACUUGCUAAAGAUUUGUCUAUAAAAAUAGACAACUUUCUCGAUUUAAAUGGGAGCUCUAAAUCCUUGAAUUGGUCUAUCUCUGAACUAGACCUUAGGGAUACAUAUCUUGAGGCUCGCAAAUUGCAGAGAACAACAGAUAGUAGUGUCCGGGAAGGCAUUGUGAUAAACAACUUUACAAAGAAUGAAACGAUCCCACCAUUUGAUGGCACAUGUCAUGCUUUUAGCUUGACAAGCAGCUGUUCUUCUUUGUCUUUGGCAGAGGAGAACGCAGAGUCUGAGCUAAAGUUGGAAAUUGAUGCAAUUGAGGCUUUCUAUCAUGAACAAUUUCAAGAACUUUCUAGAAGGAAGUUGGCGCAUUUGGAUCACAUCAAAAAGAGAUGGAUGGCUAAGAAGAAAUUGGCUGUUCAUUGACCUUGCAGUGGUUCGCUGACCCUUUUUCAGUUUUUCUUUCACUGGCUGAAGUCAUUUUGUUGUUGUGAAGUUCAUUAUACUUGCAAAACACUGCAUAUUGAAUGUAGCUUGGAUUUGGAUUCUCUCAAUUAAUCAAGGAUGAAGUGAAAGAAAUAAGAGAUAAGGGGAUCAUAUCUACCUCCGUAAGGGUCCCAACCCCAUUCUCUUCGUUCUUCUCACAUAAUUCUUUCAAUCAAUUGAAGGGAUCUAACUCCAGUUGGAUGUGGCUCUUGUGUUUUUUUUUUUUUUUCUCUGAAGUUUAAAAUUAUUUCCUAACUUCGGAGAAAUUUUCAAAAGUUGUACGUACAGGACGAUGUUCGCAAUUUGUCUUUAUAUACUGAACCUUUGAAAAUGAUUCGCUAUUAGUUAUAAAUGCAAGUACAUUCUUUUAAUUCUUUGUCAGCAUUGUAAUGUAACGCAUUGUAUCUAAGGGAAUUCAUUUGAUAAGGGAAACUUGCUCCAUGUCUUACUUCCUCA